GUCCAAGGUGUGCUUGAUGGUUUACUUAUCAAUAUGAGCGAGUUUCAGGUUCAUCAUCGAGUGGCGGAACUUUUAAAGCUCCUUGGGGUGACGGGGGGAGAUGGACCAGAGGUGUACACAGAGGUCCUGACAAAAAACAUGACACCAUAUGUCACAACACAGGUCUCUGCCCACACAGCCAAAAAGAAGAUAGCAGAAACUACACCAUAUCCAAGAGAGUUUCUCCAAAAAUAUGAUUUACUAAAAUCAAAGAACAUUCGAGAGUUGGACCCAUUAGUGUUUCUUCUCUCAAGAAUUUCAGAUGAUCCAAGCAUGGUUGCAUCUUUGGAGCGAAUCGCUAGAGAACGUGGUCACAAGAGGCAGACAGAUAUCAGCAAGCCUGCAGCAUCAUCCAGCAUGGCGGAAACAUUGCAAAAUCUUGAACAAUAUUCAGGACAAAUGACUGCAAAAGAGCUUGAAGAAUUUCGUACACAACUAGCGUCCAUUACAGGGCCAUCUGCUUCACCAGCAGCUGAAGCGACUUUGAAAAAUCUUCGAGAAAAACAGGCCAGAAAAGGUCUUCCUGGUCUACCUCUCUUACCAGAAUGGUUCACAACUCGUCCUCAUCUCACUGGAGAUUUUGUACAAUCCAUAGACCAACCACAACCAGCUGUACCUGUGAAAACGCUUCCUCUCAAAAUGCAGGAGAUUGCUGUCAUCGAAGAUCUCCUCUUUUUGAUGACAGGUGUUGAAGGAAAAUACAUUCGUCUCAGCAGCAGUUCUCUGCAAGGUUUAGAUCCACCUGAGUUCAUUGUUGACUCAACGUUAGAUAUCUCACUUCAAGAGCUUGUUCAACGCAUUCUUCCGAUAUGCACGCAUUAUUCUCUGUUAUGCCGUUUCAUCGAAGAUAAAUCUGGUUUCAUGUCCGGUUUGGUUAACCAGGCUGUCAGCGCUGCUAUGAGAACCAUUAUGCAGGAAUAUUACAUUUUUGUUGCACAGUUAGAACACCAGUUUAAUCAGGGCGAAUUGUCUUUACAAAAACUCUGGUUUCUAAUUCAGCCAUGUUUGGGCCGCAUGGAUGUUCUCUCGUCCAUCGCUGAAGCAAUUGAAACGGCUCAGUGUAAAGGAGGUGCAGUUCUUACAUUGUUGCACGAACGAACUACAAAUCUCACUGGUGAUGCGACGUCUCAAGAUCUUUACCUUUGGCUUACGCAAGCUGCGUGUGUUCCAUAUUUUGAUAUGUUAGAACAAUGGAUAUACAAAGGACUGGUUAAUGAUCCCUAUCUUGAGUUCCUGGUUGCGGAACAGGAAGCAUUUCAAAAGGAGAAAUUAACAGAAGAAUAUAACGAUGCAUAUUGGCGUCAACGUUAUACAAUCGUGCAACACAAGAUUCCUGUUUUCUUGGAAACGGUGGCCCAGAAGAUUCUUAGCACAGGAAAAUACCUCAACGUGAUUCGUCAGUGCGGUCGUGAUGUGCAAUGUCCGGACGCGGAAGAGAUCAUUUACACACUUCGUGAGAGAGAAUACGUUGAUAGAAUAGAGAAGGCGUACGAUUACGCGAGUAAGACCUUGCUUGACUUGCUGAUGGAGGAAAAAGAUUUGAUGGGUCGACUCCGGUCUAUCAAGCUGUAUUUCCUGAUGGGUCAGGGGGAUUUUUUUGUCCAGUUUAUGGACCUUGCUGAAGACGAGAUGAAAAAGAACAUGGACGAUAUAUUUCCAAGUCGUCUUGAAACAUUGCUUGAGCUCUCGCUUAGAACAACAGCCGCAAACGCAGAUCCAUUCAAGGAUGAUUUGAGAGUGGAGCUCUUACCGUAUGAUCUCAUCACGCAGUUGUUCCGGAUUUUGUCAGUUGCCAAUGACAGAGCGGUUCAGUCUUCCCUCGGUCAGGACCCUACAGAAAUUCAAAUAUCAGGAUUGGAGGCAUUUUCGUUUGAUUAUGUUGUUAAAUGGCCAGUAUCCCUCAUUCUUAGCAGAAAGGCGUUAACAAAAUAUCAGCUUCUUUUCCGACAUCUUUUUUACGCUAAACACGUCGAAAGACAACUUUGCAGGAUUUGGUUAAACGACAAGACAACAAAACAGCAUAAAUUUCGCGCGUCAAGAUGGUACGUGGAGUGCUCAUCUUUGAGAACGAAGAUGCUGCAGUUUGUUCAAAACUACGAGUACUACAUGAUGUCUGAAGUCAUUGAACCAUACUGGCAUAUCUUGGAAAAUAAUUUAAAAGAUGUGAAUAAUGUUGAUGACGUAUUAACAUAUCACAACGAUUUCUUGGAUAAAUGUCUGAAGGACUGCAUGUUAACUGCUCCUGAAUUACUAAAGAUUGUUAGUAAGCUAAUGAUGGUUUGUGUUACGUUCACUAACUGCAUUCAGAGAAUCACCCAGACAGUUAUCAACAGCGAAAACCCGACGGCUGAGAAAACGGGAAAACUGGAAAAGGAAGAUUUGUUGUAUGAUAAGCAAAAGAAAAAAGCAGCGGCCAAGAUUUUAUCCAAAGAUAUGGAUGAGGUUAUCAACAGCUCUGAUUUCGAAAGAACCGUAGCAAAUUUCGACAGUAAUUUUACAAAAUAUCUUCUUGGUUUGUUGGAGAAACUGAGCAGCUUCUCGAAAACAGAUUUCCAGCAUCAAAUGUUGAAUAUUGUCACGCGGCUGGAUCACAAUGGUUUUUAUGGGAAACAGCUGGAAAUGUCUUCCGCUGCAGAAACUCUCAGCGUAGCCAGUUCCGAUUCUAAUUCAAGCGCAGGUCAAUCACCAAGUUCGACUCUGAGCGACAUUAGUUUGAAUUUCAACUACGAUAAGCCGAGUCUAAUGCCUGGAAGAAUGUUUCCAGAGACCUCGAUCAAAACAAAACUUACCCUACCACCCUCCCCGUCUAGAUCGCGGCAUAGGGGUAGCGCCAGUGGAGAUGACGAUCAUUACAAUAUGUUUUGAGGCUUUUUUGAAAAGAACCCGUUUCUAAGUUUGCACUUUUGUUCCGAGAUUUGUAUUGAUAAAUAGAGUGAAUAAAUGAAAGAAGAUCGAAUGACCGGUAUGUUGCAUGCAUUACGGAAGCUUUGCGUGGCGGAAGCUAAAGAAACAAGUCCUAUAUCAUCGGGAGACAAAGCACGGUUCACAACACAGACAUUCUUUAUUCUCUUUUCACAAAAUCGACAAACGUGUUUGUCGAGUGCACUACAAAUAUGGCAUUUCACGACCAUAAAAACCGAA